AUGGAGUCGCUAUAUCUUCAAAAGUGUCUUGGAACAUGUCUAACUCAAGGCCUUGCAGAAGUGGCAAGAGUUCGUCCAGUGGACCCAAUAGAAUAUUUAGCGAUGUGGAUUUACAAAUACAAGGAAAAUGUGACCAUGGAAGAGCUGAAACAGAAAGAAAUGGUUGAUUUGGAACAUGAGAGAAAAUUAGCUCUGAUGGAGCAGGAAAUGUUGGAACACCUCAGAGCAGAAGAGCUCUUCUUUCAGCAGCAGCUGGCGUUCCAGCUGGAGUUGGAAAUGCAAGAAAAAGAGAAACAGAAGACACACGAGUUCCAGAGACCUCAAGAACAGUUAAACAAGAUGAUGACGAACAUAGAAAGCGCAGCAAGGGCUGAGGAUUCCACGCGGUUGGAGGAAUCAGGAAUGGACUCGAGCAAGACUCUAGCUGAGAUCAGUGAUCGGUAUGGAGCCCCUAACUUGAGCCGAGUGGAAGAACUUGAUGAGCCAGUGUUAUCUGAUGUCGCGUUAAACAUUGAUCAAGAUUUGUAG